AUGGAGAGUCUUGUCGAGAAUGGCGACGGCCAACUCACCAUCCACAACCUUCCACCUCCCACCAAGCGGAAACCUACGAGCACCGAGACCUUGACCGCCGAAGACAAGGAAAAUCAGAAGCGAGUGGCCGACGCACGCAGAAAAUAUGGCCGAGGCCGUCCUGUCCGGAUCAACGAGGUCAAGGACAAGAAGCUACGUGCAAACCUGAAAAGAAUCGAGAGCAAAUAUCGAACCGCAGUCUUGAACGCCAAAGAUGCCGAAAUUUUGUACGAGAACGAGGAGGGGUUUCUACAACCAGAGAGCGAACUGGAGAAGACAUACAAGGUCCGGCAAGAUGAAAUACUGGAGGCAGUUGGUAUUCAACAGGCGAACAAGUCAAUUGAAUUCAGGCUCGACUUGGGCCCAUAUAUUUCCGACUACACGAGGAACGGGCGCAGUUUGCUCCUCGCAGGAAGAAAAGGUCAUAUUGCCACUUGCGAAUGGCGCGCAGGCAAGCCAGGAUGCGAGUUACACUUGAACGAGACAGUAAGAGAUGCAAAAUGGUUGCACAACGAUCAACAUUUCGCAGUGGCGCAGAAAAAACACACUUACAUUUACGACCACGCUGGAGUCGAGAUCCACUGCCUCAGAAAAUACGUUGAGACUACGCAUCUCGAAUUCUUGCCAUAUCAUUUCCUCCUUGCCGGCAUCGAGAAUAGCGGGUUCCUUCGAUACACCGACACUUCGACCGGCCAGAUGGUGGCUGAGCACCCAACCCGAAAAGGACCGCCGACUGCGCUCGCUCAAAAUCCAUACAAUGCCAUCCUCCACGUUGGCCAUCAGAACGGAUCGGUCUCACUAUGGUCGCCUAAUUCCACGACGCCAUUGGUCAAAAUCCAAUCAAACGCCGGGCCUGUGCGGUCAAUAGCAAUCGACCGCUCAGGCAAUUACAUGCUGUGUGGCGGACAAGAUCUGCGCCUGAAGCUCUGGGACAUCCGCGCCUGGAAGGAGAUUCACUCUUACACAACACGACAGCCAGCUUCUUCGAUCGACAUAUCGGACCGCGGCCUUGCGGCUGUAGCGAGUGGUACAGGCGUGACGAUAUGGAAAGACCUCCUCACCACCUCUUCAUCAAGCGGACCUCCAAAAGUCCAAUCACCCUACCUGAACUGGGGCAAUGAUGGCCGCCGCGUCGAGCGUGCUCGGUUCUGUCCAUUUGACGACAUUCUCGGUAUCUCGCACUCGGAUGGGUUCAGCAGCAUCAUUGUCCCCGGCGCGGGCGAACCCAAUUACGACGCCCUCGAAGUCAAUCCAUAUGAAACGCGCAAACAGCGACAAGAAGCCGAAGUCAAAUCUCUGCUCACGAAACUCCAGCCCGAGACCAUCGCGCUGGACCCCAAUUUCAUUGGCAUGCUGGAUACACGCAGCGCGGAGCAACGCAGGCGCGAAAAGGACCUAGACACGCCCGCGGAGGAUCCACUGGCGAAAUUAAAGGCCAGAGAGAAGAACCGGGGCAGAGGGAAGAACAGUGCGCUGAGGAGGUAUCUGCGGAAGAAGGGCGGCAAGAAUAUCAUUGAUGAGAAGAGGCUGAGGCUGGAGGAAAUGAAGAAGGAGAGGGCCGAGAGGGAGAAGGAGAGGUUGAAGCAGGAUAAACUCGAGCUGGGUCCGGCUUUGGCGAGGUUCGCCAGGAAAGGGGUUUAG